GAACUCAUCUCUGCAACUGCAGUCCAGAGAGCCUCAUGUCUGCCACUUCUCGCGUGCUCCACCACCCCCAUCUGGACCCAUUUUCCACCCGAAUCUUCCUACUUUCCUUGUUCAAGCAUAUGGAAAAUUGGCCUACAACCUUUUUCUUCCAUCUCUUCCUUUUCUUUAUGACACACUAGAUGCACAAAAGUUCUAAAAAUGUUCAAUGCAAAUCAAAUCAAGGCAGAUUAAAAGGUCUUUUAACCCGUGUCACCAGCUACUAGCUAAGCUAUUUAUAGCCGUUAUCAAGGGUUAACGCCCCAACAUUCAACUGCCUCCACUGCAGCAUAGAGAUUUCAAGCACCCAAGAUGCCAUUUUCCUGCACAAGAAACUUCUUGCAACGGUUCUGCAUCAAUGAAUUCCAGAUGGAGAGUGCAAACCAGGACAGCUUCUUCUCAAGUGAUCUCCUGCCAUCCCUUGGAGCCAGAAUCAACCAGACAACUAAGCUUCAGAGAUAUAUAAUUUCCCCUUACAAUCCCCGCUACAGGAGUUGGGAGAUGUUGCUGGUUGUCCUAGUCAUCUAUUCAGCCUGGAUCUGCCCAUUCGAGUUUGCAUUUCUAACUUACAAGCAAGAUGCACUUUUCAUCGUCGACAACAUUGUCAAUGGAUUCUUUGCCAUUGAUAUUGUUCUCACCUUCUUUGUUGCAUAUCUGGACAGCCAAUCGUAUCUUCUCAUUGAUGAUCCCAAGAACAUAGCAAUCAGGUACAUAUCUACCUGGUUUAUUUUCGAUGUCUGUUCAACAGCUCCAUUUCAAUCUCUCAGCCUCUUGUUCACAAAUCAAAGCAGCGGUCUAGGCUUCAAAGUGCUUAACAUGCUCAGGUUGUGGCGUCUCAGACGAGUCAGCUCCUUGUUUGCAAGGCUAGAGAAGGACAUCCGGUUCAACUAUUUCUGGACUAGAUGCACAAAACUCAUUUCUGUUACUCUUUUUGCAGUACACUGCGCGGGAUGCUUUAACUACUUGAUUGCAGAUAAAUAUCCUGAUCCAAAGAGAACCUGGAUUGGUGCAGUAAACCCAAAUUUCAAAGAAGAGAGUCUUUGGGACAGAUACAUAACCACAAUUUACUGGUCCAUUACGACACUAACUACCACUGGCUAUGGGGACUUGCAUGCCGAGAACCCAAGGGAGAUGCUCUUUGAUAUCUUUUACAUGCUGUUCAACUUGGGAUUAACUUCAUACCUUAUCGGGAACAUGACAAACCUAGUAGUUCACUGCACCAGCCGCACCAGAAAUUUUAGGGAUAGAGUCAGAGCUGCUUCAGAAUUUGCAACACGAAAUCAAUUGCCACCGCGCAUACAGGAUCAAAUGUUAUCACACAUUUGUCUCAAAUUCAAAACAGAAGGAUUGAAACAGCAAGAGACAUUGAUUGAUCUGCCAAAAGCCAUCCGCUCAAGCAUCACGCACUAUCUCUUCUUUCCAAUCGUUCAAACAGCCUAUCUUUUUCAAGGGGUUUCUAAUGACUUCCUUUUCCAAUUGGUUUCAGAAAUGGAUGCCGAGUAUUUUCCGCCCAAGGAAGAUGUAAUUCUGCAGAAUGAGGCUCCAUUCGAUCUUUAUAUACUAGUCUCAGGAGCAGUGGAUUUCAUAGCAUAUACAGAAGGGCAUGAUCAGGUUCUAGGAAAGGCAGUAGCAGGAGAAAUGUUUGGUGAAGUAGGGGUUUUAUGUCACAGGCCACAGCCAUUCACAGUUCGGACAAAUACACUUUCUCAAAUACUACGGCUGAACAGAACUUCACUGAUGAACACAUUUCAAGCAAAUAAGGAAGACGCACGAAUUAUUAUGAACAAUCUUUUCCUGAAACUGAAAGGAAUAGAAAAUGUGGGCUUUGCCAACCCACAUGAAUAUCCAGAAUGGGAGGAAGCCAUUCUCACCAAAUGGCUCGGUGGAAGACCAAUAGGAGGAAGCUGUUCUCAUGCUGGAUGUCAAGAGCAUUCAUAUACAGAACCAUUAAUGUGUAAAAUGAGCAACAGAGAUUUGCUGAGAUUGGACAAUUCAGAGAUGACUGUAACAGGCAAAGGUCAGGAUUAUACGAUGUGGGAAAGGGAUGUAAAUUCCAUAGUGGAGCAUGAACAAGCUGCAGUUCACAUUGCUGUUUGCAACGGGAAUCUUGAAAUGGUCAAGGAUCUGCAGGAAGGAGGAGCAACAGUGAAUAAACCAGGUGCUAGAGCAUGGGCACCUAAAGCUCCAACAGAGAAGGAAGGAGACAGAAGCAUAUAUGAGCUUCUAGUAAGUAACGAAAAUAGAAGGAUACCAGAUGAACAUAAAAUAGAAUUUAUUGGCCCAGAAUCAGCCAAUCAAAGUAGGAAUAGUCAAAGCAAACAUAGAGAAAAUAUGAGCCCCAAUUUUCCCAAAUUUAAUAUUAAAAAGGUACAAAUGAACUCCAACCCAAGCAGUUCUAGCUAUCCCAGUGACAGAGACGUUAUGAAAUUAACCAAAAGGAGAGUCACUAUCCAUAUGCAGUUUCAAAACAGUAGUACAUCACAGAAGCACCAUGGGAAACUAAUAGUCCUACCUGAUUCAAUAGAAGAGCUACUCAAGAUUGCUGGUCAGAAGUUUGAAGGCCACAAUCCUACAAAAGUCGUUAAUGCAGAGAAUGCAGAAAUAGAUGAUAUACGUGUAAUUCGAGAUGGGGACCACUUAUUUCUCCUUCAAAAUGAGUGUGGAACUACAGAGUGCAAUAUGUCCCAACAAUUAUUGUAAAGGAUAAGGCGUACACAUGCAGAAAGCUUGUAACUCUUAGGCAAUGUAUUAACAAGUAAUAUAGAUUACAGCAGUUAAUU